AUGGAAAAGACAAAGGGCUUUGGUGACUCGGUCAUAGAAUUGACAAAUAAUGCAUCCAGUUCGCAACAAUCUAACCAGUCUUUCAAUCACAAUACGGUCCCAAAUAACGCCCCUCUCCCAACGACAGCAUGGCCGCAAGAGCCGGUGGCACUGGUGCCAGACAAAAAUUCGUCACUUCUUCUGAAUUUAUUCGAUGCAGUUCUGUUGUUCGUGCCUUUUGUGCUCUUUGCUAAGGUCGGCCUGGUCAUUGGGGCAUGGUACAUUGAUCGAAACCACCGCGGCGUCGACCUCGAUCUUGUGAGCAAAUUGACUCUGUUCUUGCUAGAGUUCAAUGAUCAGAUGGUUACAGCAUUCACCAUCAUUUUCGUCACCAUCAUGUCAACUCUGGUACGCAGAUAUGCCCUCUGGAAGGCACAGGAAGGUGCAUACGUCCCUGAACUUGAACAACUCCAAGGAAGCAUCAGUCUACCAAGCACUUUCAAGCUCAUCAUUUCCCUACGUGCUUUCACUCUGACCAGUGUCGCCCUUGUUUCUGUUUGGUCCUUUUACUAUCUAGGAAGUCAGGCCAGCAAGAGGGAGUUUGAACAAGUUUCCUCGGCGAAAUUUCACAAAAUGGUGGGCUAUACUGGUGGUCCAGAUUACCUCUCAGGACUCAACCCGGCAUUCGUCAGCGAUCCAGACUCACAGCCCUUUUCCAUAAAAAGAGUCGAUUCUGAUUUCUGGUUCGCGAUGGCGUGGAGUGAUCAGGUCCAACAGCCAAACCGAUGGGGAACUGAUUCAGCUGGCUCGGCACUAAUUCCCGACCUGAACGCCCUUCUUCGUACAGGAUACUACCUUGAACCCGGCAAUUGGGACAUACAUAUUCCAACUCCUGGUCGUCAUGGCUGGGUGGAUGUUUCGAAGCAAUCACUCAUUCAACAAUUCUACUCCUCAUACACUGGACGGCAGGUCUGGUUCCAGAAGCCCAAGCUUGUCACAAAUGGUCAACACGACUACCAAGUAAACAGUUUUCUUGGGGAUUACACGGUAACAACCAGCUAUCUUGACGUCGGAUGUAGCGCGCCCAAUCUUCUACCCUUCGAAUCCUUCCCCAAUGGAACUUAUCUCAGCCAGGGAAUCAGUAUGAAUAUGACUAAGCCGCGAGAUGAUGCCCCUCGAGAUUCCCAAUCACAGCCUCUCAGAGAAUUUGAACUUUGGAUCCGGUGGCCUGCAAUCAAUGACAUCCCAACUGCUGGCAGCUCUCAGCAGAUAUGCAAUAUUUCUUCUGUAAAUGUCGAUAUGAAAGUCCACUGUCAGGAACUAGGUUGCUACCCUCGACAACUGCGUUAUGCAAGCAACCAAAGCCCCGAGAAUGCCACAUCCUACAAGACUCCAUUCGACGAUGACGCAUUUGCAGCCAAGUUUUUUUCCGAGCUUCUGCUCGCUGAUGGUGUGCAGGGCAGUAUCUCUGUGGUGACGCAGAUGACUGAGGUCCUAAGUGCCUAUUCCACCACUCUUGCUUCCAUACAGUCCAGUGGUGAAUACAACAUCGAUUCGGCAAGAGCGUUCAAUAAAACGUUGACUCAGUACUUCAAUACCUAUUACAUACUCAGCCAACAGAACACCUAUGUGAACCCCAUCUGGGGCGCUCCGGGUUUCCAACCAGUCACGGUUGAUGGUGCCUUGUACGAUCCACAUUAUGGAAUUUCCUGGCCCUGGAUCGCCGUCGACAUUGUGUCGUGUGCCAUUUUACUGGCCGCAUCGAUCAUCGCGUGCUGGCUACGGAGGAAGACGCUUGCACCAGAUAUCUUUGGAUAUGUCUCCAGUCUUACGAGAGACAACCAAUACCUUCAGGUUCCGGAUAAUGGAACAACACUGGGUGGGAUCGAGCGUGCGAGGCUGCUCAAGGGUGUCAAGGUCAAGAUCGGCGAUGUUUCUGGACCUGACGAGCCAGUUGGGAGAGUCGGUCUGGCACAGGUAGGGUCCGGAGUCCCGGUGCAGGUGACCAAUUUACGGCCGACCACGACCUAUAUAUGA